AUGAAAUCAUUACUUAGUAAUGGAAUAAUUAUAGAUGAGAAACUUGUUUCUAUAAAAAUCAAAUGUUUUGUUUGUGAUUCUCCAGCAAGGGCAUUCCUUAAAGGUGUAUGUAAUUUUAACGGAAGACAUGGAUGUUUAAAGUGUACGACGGUUGGAGAAUAUUCGCAUACAUCUCAUACUGUAGUCUUCUCUACCAAGGAAGAUUCUCCAAGAACAGAUGAAAAUUUCAGAGCUAAACUUUACGGAGAAACAAAAUAUAUGUUUGCUUUCACAAUAUUUUCUGAAAUAAAUACUCUGUAUGUGAAUUAUGAAAAAAUCAAUGAAGAGAAUAUUAUUUAUCCAUCAUAA